GCGGUGACUGCUCCUGGGAAGGUGAAAACGGGCCUACCUGGGGGAGUUUUCCUUUUCCCUCCCGGCACGUUCGGACGCCCUUCGUACGGGCUUCACCCUUGGCUGCGCGCGCUGCUCCGCAGGGUUGUGUUUCACUUGAGAAACCCGAGAGGUGGAUGUCAUAUUUUCCUGUCCUUCCAGGUGAACGUAGGAUCAGUCCUGUCAAAUUGAGAUUUGUUGGUAACAGGACACUACAACGUAAGUCUACGGCCUCCUUCCAAGAUGAGGCAUCUUUUCCCACCACAGCCCGUCCUAUUACAUACAAGGUUUAUAAACGACACCUGUUUUUCGGUGUCGACGGGUGUACGUGCGCGUCAAGCUACCAGCGCGUCAGUAAGGCCAGAGGAUGAUCUCGUCAGGGCAUGUAGGUAGCGUGAUGUACUUUUCCACAUAUGUACAGGCACUGGAGAUAGACUUUUGUAACUACUCUAAGUUGAAGGGAAGAAAAAUCUUCAUUUGACGAUAAAUGGUCCAGUAGGGGGGAAAAAAUCUAAAAGCGCAUGUAUUCAUUGCUACUUAAGAAGUGGUAGGGAACUGUUAACAUAAAAAAUACACAAGAUGCUGUACGUGAAACGUGACUUCGUUGAAACGUAGUAUCGAGUGACGUUUUAGAAUUUAUCCAAAUUGUACCCUUUUUUCCUUCACCAUUCUGUAGGAAGCUAGAGAUGUUGAAAAGAUAAAGCAGAAUGGGGACCUGAUCCACUGAGUUUUGUACGGGGCGGUCUUCUCACUAAAGCAGAAGCAAAUUUGUGCAAACGAAAGGGGAAAAAAACAAAAACAUUUUCUCUGCGAUUACAUAGCGUCUCAUUUAAUUUCCUGCCACAGUUUCUUACAAUAAAGUGAGGGCUUUUAAUCUUCCUCCUUACACCUGAGGAAUUUUGAGUGGAGAAUAAAUUUACCAUGCUAUUUUAGCUGGAUGAGGGGAAGAAAGGGCAAUUAAGCAAUCAUUUAUUCACUGAACAUAUUGAGCUUCUGGAAGUGCUUUCCAGCCCAGAACAUAGUACAUUGAGACUCCUAACCUUUUGGAGCUUGAGAUGUGGUCAGAAUUCUAGAAGGGUGAUGAAAGAGAGAUGCUACAAUGACAAAGGUAAAUACGAUCUGAAAGAGGAUAAUUUUAAGAUGCAUAAAGAUCUAUGCAGGAGCAGUAGAGAUUUUAAAGCCUUAAUUUUUAUUAUAUCACAUUAAUAUGUAUUUUAAUACAUAAUGAUUAUAUGUUUUUAUUAUUAAUAAUGUGGCCCUUUAUCAUGACUUCUAUGUGCAAAGGUUAGUAGAGAAUUUCACAAUCUAGAGAUACUUGAAGAAAGAAAAACUUUUCUUCACGUAUUUCUAUGCAUUAACUUGUCAUAUGCCAUUUUGAUCUCUAUGGUUGUGAAGUGAAUGUGUUUUUAAAAUUUUAUAACUUGUGAAUGGGAGAAGGAGAUAACCUUUAUUUGGUAGUAAAUUGCCAUUAAGAAAAUACAAGAGACUAUAAUGAUACCAAUUUUAUCAGAUUUCUAGAGCUUGUAACUUAUGUAAGUUCAAGCAGCUCAUCUUGAAUUAAUCUAUAAUAAGUUAGAAAUUGCAGUGUGACAUAAUUAAAAGGUCUUUGGAUCCUGAUGACUUAGGUUCAAAUCUUGUUUCCAACAUUUAGAGUUUAUGUGACCUUGAGCAAAUUAAUUUGCCUUAUUCUUAGUUUCUUCAUCUUUAACAUAGAAUAAAACACUUAAUGCACAGUAUUGAUAGAAAGAUUAAAUGUGCUUAGAAAAGGGAAACUUUCCAUUUCCAUGGCUUUAUACUGCAGAGAAAUUCAUUGUUUCUGGGGUUUUAUUUUGUUUAAAAUUACUGUGAAAGAUUGCACAACAUUUGUGAUAAAUAGAAAAUUAAUGAGUUAAAUUCUACUGGUGUGAGAAUGUUUUGACUGAUACCACAGACUCUUUCUGGCAAGAAAUUCACUUCUUUUUUUUAAAGAAAUGGAAUCUAGUUCAUCAGACUACUGUAAUAAAGACAAUGAAGAAGAAAGUUUGCUUGCAAAUGUUGCUUCCUUAAGACAUGAACUGAAGAUAACAGAAUGGAGUUUGCAGAGUUUAGGGGAAGAGUUAUCCAGAUGUCUUUUUCAUCUACCCCCAUGGAUCAGGAGAUCAGAAGUCUUCGAGAGAAACUUAACAAACUCAGACAACAGAAUGCUUGUUUGGUCUCACAGAAUCAUUCUUUAAUGACUAAAAUGGAAUCUGUCCAUUUUGAAUUAACACAGUCAAGAGCAAAAGUUUCUAUGCUUGAAUCUGUUCAACAACAGGCAGCCAGUGUGCCAAUCUUAGAAGAACAGAUUAUAAAUUUGGAAGCAGAAGUUUCAGCACAAGAUAAAGUUUUGAGAGAGGCAGAAGAUAAAUUAGAGCAGAGCCAGAAAAUGGUGAUUGAAAAGGAACAAAGUUUGCAAAAGUCUCAAGAUGAAUGUAUAAAGUUAAAGGUGGACUUACUUGAACAAAGUAAACAAGGAAAGAGAGCUGAACGACAAAGGAAUGAAGCACUAUAUAAUGCCGAAGAGCUGAGUAAAGCUUUCCAACAUUAUAAAGAAAAAGUGGCUGAAAAACUGGAAAAGGUGCAAGUUGAAGAAGAAAUAUUAGAGAAAAAUCUAAUUAGCUGUGAAAAAGAAAAUAAAAGGCUACAGGAAAAGUGUGGUCUAUAUAAAAGUGACCUUGAAAUUCUGAAAGAGAAAUUAAGGCAGUUAAAAGAAGAAAAUAACAAUGGUAAGGAAAAAUUAAGGAUCAUGGCAGUGAAAAAUUCAGAAGUUAUGGCACAACUAACUGAAUCUAGACAAAGUAUUCUGAAGUUAGAGAAUGAGUUAGAAGACAAGAAAGAAGUACUUAGAGAAAAAUUUUCUCUAAUGAAUGAAAACCGAGAAUUAAAACUCCGUGUUGCAGCACAGAAUGAGCGACUGGAUUUGUGUCAGCAAGAAAUAGAAAGUUCAAGGGUGGAACUGAGAAGUUUGGAAAAAGUUAUGUCCCAAUUGCCAUUAAAAAGAGAAAUGUUUGGUUAUAAAUCAUCUCUUUCUAAACACCAGAUGAGUAGUUUGUCAAACAAGGAAGAUAUUGGCUGCUGUGAGGCAAAUAAAAUGGUGAUUUCAGAAUUGAGGAUUAAGCUGGCAAUAAAGGAGGCAGAAAUUCAAAAGCUUCAGGCAAACUUGGCUGCAAAUCAAUUAUCUCAGAGUCUUAUUGGUUAUAAUGACAAACAAGAAAGUGGCAAAUUAAAUAGUUUAGAGACAGAACCAGUAAAACUAGGAGGUAAUCAAUUAGCAGAAAGAAUAAAAGACCGUCAACAUACUAUGAGCAAGCAAUAUGAAAAAGAAAGGCAAAGACUUGCUUCUGGAAUAGAAGAACUACGUACUAAGUUGAUGCAAAUAGAAGCUGAGAAUUCUGAUUUGAAGGUUAAUAUGGCUCACAGAACUAGUCAGUUUCAGCUGAUACAAGAGGAGCUGCUAGAGAAAGCUUCAAGCUCUAGCAAACUGGAAAGUGAAAUGACAAAGAAAUGUUCUCAACUUUUAACUCUCGAAAAACAGCUGGAAGAAAAAAUUGUUGCUUAUUCCUCUAUUGCUGCAAAAAAUGCAGAACUAGAACAGGAGCUUAUGGAAAAGAAUGAAAAGAUAAGAAGUCUAGAAACUAAUAUCAAUACAGAACAUGAGAAAAUUUGUUUAGCUUUUGAAAAGGCCAAGAAAAUUCAUCUUGAACAGCAUAAAGAAAUGGAAAAGCAGAUUGAAAGACUUGAAUCUCAACUAGAGAAGAAAGACCAACAGUUUAAAGAACAAGAAAAGACUAUGUCCAUUUUGCAGCAAGAUAUAAUAUGUAAACAGCAUCAUCUUGAAUCACUAGACCGACUCUUGACAGAAAGCAAAGGGGAGAUGGAAAAGGAAAACAUGAAAAAAGAUGAAGCUUUGAGAACAUUACAGAACCAAGUAUCUGAAGAAACAAUCAAGGUCAGACAACUAGAUUCAGCACUGGAAAUUUGUAAGGAAGAACUUGCCUUGCAUUUGAAUCAAUUAGAAGGAAAUAAGGAAAAGUUUGAAAAGCAGCUAAAGAAGAAAUCUGAAGAGGUAUACUGCUUACAGAAAGAACUAAAGAUAAAAAAUCACAGUCUUCAAGAGACUGCUGAGCAGAAUGUUAUUCUACAGCAUACUCUUCAGCAACAGCAGCAAAUGUUACAACAAGAAACAAUUAGAAACGGAGAGCUAGAAGACAUUCAAACUAAACUUGAAAAACAGGUAUCAAAACUGGAACAAGAGCUUCAAAAACAAAGGGAAAGUUCAGCUGAAAAGUUGAGAAAAAUGGAGGAGAAAUGUGAAGCAGCCACACGUGAAGCUGAUUUGAAAAGGCAAAAAGUUAUUGAGCUUACUGGUACUGCCAGACAAGUGAAACUUGAGAUGGAUCAGUACAAAGAAGACCUAUCUAAAAUGGAAAAAGAAAUAAUGUACCUAAAACGAGAUGGAGAAAAUAAAGUAAUGCAUCUCUCUCAGUUAGACAUGAUCUUAGAACAGACAAAGACAGAACUAGAUAAGAAGACAAAUUCUGUGAAGGAAUUAGAAAAAUUACAGCACCACACUGAAACUGAACUAACAGAAGCUUUGCAGAAACGGGAAGCAUUAGAAUCUGAACUCCAGAAUGCUCAUGGAGAAUUAAAAAGUACUUUAAGACAACUUCAGGAAUUGAGAGAUGUACUACAGAAGGCUCAAUUAUCAUUAGAGGAAAAAUACUCUACUAUAAAGGAUCUUACAGCUGAACUUAGAGAAUGCAAAAUGGAGAAUGAAGAUAAGAAGCAAGAACUCCUUGAAAUGGAUCAGGCACUUAAGGAGAGAAAUUGGGAACUAAAGCAAAGAGCAGCUCAAGUUACACAUUUGGAUAUGACUAUUCGUGAGCACAGGGGAGAAAUGGAACAGAAAAUAAUUAAAUUAGAGGGUACUCUGGAGAAAUCAGAAUUGGAACUUAAAGAAUGCAACAAACAGAUAGAAAGUUUGAAUGAAAAAUUGCAACAUUCCAAAGAACAGCUUCGAGAAAAAGAAUUUGUAACACUACAAAAUGAACAGGAGAUAAGCCAACUGAGAAAGGAAAAUGAACGAACACAACAAAAGAUGAAAGAAAUGGAAAGUGUUAUGAAAGAACAGGAACAGUACAUUGCAACUCAGUACAAGGAAGCCAUAGAUAUGGAUCAAGAAUUGAGGCUGACUCGGGAGCAGAUGCAGAACUCUCAUACAGAACUGAUGGAAGCUCGUUGUCAACAAGUUCAAGCACAGAGAGAAAUAGAAAGGCUCUCUAGUGAACUGGAGGAAAUAAGGCAACUCUCUAAAGAAAAAGAAGCUCAUGGACACCAUUUAGCUGAAGAGUUGGGGGCUUCUCAAGUACGUGAAGCUCAUUUAGAAGCAAGAAUGCAAGCAGAAAUCAAGAAAUUGUCAGCAGAAGUAGAAUCUCUCAAAGAAGCUUAUCAUCUGGAGAUGAUUUCACAUCAAGAGAACCAUGCAAAGUGGAAGAUUUCUGCUGAUUCUCAAAAGACUUCUGUUCAGCAACUAAAUGAACAGUUAGAGAAGGCAAAACUGGAAUUAGAAGAAGCUCAGGACACCGUAAGCAAUUUGCAUCAGCAAGUCCAAGACAGGAAUGAAGUAAUUGAAGCUACAAAUGAAGCAUUACUUAUUAAAGAAUCAGAAUUAACCAGAUUACAAGCCAAAAUUUCUGGACGUGAAAGGGCAGAAGACAUUAAGUUUCUACCAGCCCUGCUUGCAUCUGCAACAGAAAUUAUGCCUGACAUUCAAGAUCCAAAAUUUGCUAAACAUUCUCACACAGCCUUUUUCAAGUGUAGAAAACUGCGUCGCUCUAUUAGUGCCAGUGACCUUAAUUUCAAGACUCAUAGUGAUGAAGAUCUUUCCGAAGAAUUACUGCAGGACUUAAAAAAAAUGCAGUUAGAACAGCCUUCAACAUUAGAAGAAAGCCAGAAGGAUCUGACUUAUACCCAGUCAGACUCAUUUAAACCUCUCACAUAUGACCUAGAAGAUGAUAGUUCUGAGAAUAAUGACUUCAGUACUCUCAGUGGAAUGCUAAGAUACAUAAACAAAGAAGUGAGACUAUUGAAAAAGUCCUCUAUGCAAACAGGUGCUGGUUUACCUCAGGGAGAAAAUUUGUAAUUAAAUGAAGAUAUUGAUGUGAUGAAAAAUGAGAUUUUUGGUACUGUGUUUAUUACAUGUAGCUCAUACUUCAUAGAAGCUGUUACUUUAUUGCUUUUGAAUAAAUUUUUAUUUCAGUA